GCGUCUCUUGUUGCACACGGACUGUUUAGCAAGUACUCGUAAAUACCAGUAAAGAUGGCGACGCUCAUGAAGAAGCCACAUGUCGUUGUCGAAGAGGGAAAUGAGGAAGAGUGGGGCGUUUCUGAUGACAGCAUCAGUAAUGAUGGAGAGUGUGGACCAGAAAGUGGUCAGGAGGGAUCCAGUGUGGGAAGUGAAGUAGAAGACAGCGGUGAUGAGGAUGGGAAGACUGAAGAAGGACAGAGUGGAGAUGGUGUGGAAAAUCCCAAUGUCGGAUGGGCUGAAGCCAUGGCCAAAAUCCUGGGGAAGAAAACGCCAGAGAGCAAACCCAGCAUCCUCCUGAAGAACAAAGAGCUGGACAAGAUCAAAGAGAAGGAGAAGAAAGAGCGUCUGGAGAAAAAGAAAAAGAUCGAUAAGAAACGAGCGUGGGAGAAUAUGUGCAGAGAGAAGCCUGAUGUGGUUCGAGACCGAGAGCAUGAGAGGAACCUACAGAAGAUUGCUACCAGAGGUGUGGUGCAGUUGUUCAACGCAGUGAAGAAGCAUCAGAAGAACGUGGAUGACAGGAUUAAGGAAGUUGGGGCUUCAGAGAGAAAGAAAUCCAGAAUUCUGUCCUCAGUGACUAAGAAGGACUUCAUUGAUGUCUUGAGAGGAGCAGACGUGGCUCACAAACCAGCCAUUAAAAAAGAGAAAGUGCAGCCUGUAGACGUGAAAGGGGAGAAUCCGUCCUGGAGCGUGUUGAGGGAUGAUUUUAUGAUGGGCACAUCCAUGAAGGACUGGGAUAAGGAGAGCGAUGAAGAGCGUGAGGAAGGAGAAGACGACCUCGAGCCUGCUGAAGACUACAGCAGUGAAUCAGACUGAACCAUCACUACUGCACCUGUGCAUCGUGUAGUGCACACGUUCAAGUGCACUUACAGACCCUGAGAUCACUGCGCCGAGACGCCAGACUCCGCAUCACCUGGAGAUCUCCGAAGGUGGAUCAUGUGAGACAGGAGAAGGGAGAGACUGUAAUCUGUGAUGUGAUGUGACCCUGAUCUUGAUUUGCUCGUGUGUCCUGGUAAAGCAGGGGCUGUUUCUGAGUGCACUGAUGAGUGCUCUUCUUCUGUAUAUAGUCAUUUAUACCACAGUGUCUUUUGCUAAAUAAAUCAUUUCCUUCAUUA